AUGACUGCUAUCAAACAGCUGCGCACUUGCCGCCGGCUGCAACAAGCUCGACCACCAGCCCAGCCGUGGGUCGCAUGUCAGAGGCACCAGGUCCGCGAGAAUCUCUCUCCACCAGUCUCGACGCUCAUCGACAUCAUGAACAACAAAAAAAUAGUUACCAUUCAUUCAGAAGACGAAGACGAAGGUGAACCACACCCGACUGGCCAAGACACCACCCCAACGAAUCCUUUUUCCGGAACUAAACAGGUCGACGUUCGUACUGGGGCUCAAGUCACUGUUGAUACAGCUCAAGAUUCUGAUGCGGAAAACAAGAAGUGCAGUGAUGCGAAUAAGAAGAAAAAGGAAUCAAAUAAAGACAAGGAUGGGUUUGAUCAUGCGCGACUUUAUUUUUAUCCACCCGGUGGUGGUCCCAAGCAGGAGGUUGAUCCAGACGACGCCAAAAAAAAAUCAAAUUGUAAAGAGCCCGGCUGGGAGUCGGGUGAUGACAAUACUGACGAGGAAGCAGACGAGGACGUGGAACCAACAGGUAUUGCUUUCACAUUGAAAAAGGGAGCCCCCCCGCCUACCACGCCAGCAAAGGCCGCGUCACCUAGCAAGAGCUCGGCCUUAUCGACCGCGCGACGUGUCCCAGCCCCCAAGCCUGAGAAGAAGGGCUUCGUGUUUACCCCCAUCCGAGUCACCUCAGCUGGCCACACCCUCCCAGGUCGUUGGAUUCCAGACUCCGGUGCAGUAGCAAAGUCCCCCGGCGACUUGUCCCCAGCAACAAAUGACGCUGGGCCCCUCGGCAUUGACUUAACUGGACUAGGCGUUGAGGACGACGAUCGCAAUGGUCCGUCAGAUCUCUGCGGUGAACAUUCACCUGUCACUCCAUUCCGCGCACCCCCUGGCAAAGAAAACGACGAGCUGGACACGACUGAUGCAGAAUCCGAGGACCCGGCCCGCAUGUUGGCCGAUCAUUCGCUCCGAUCGCAUCCCUCGACUUGCCACACUCCAACCACCGACGCCUCUGCGGGCUCGACUUCUGCCCCAACCUCGGUAACCCCGGUGAUCCCCACGCCUGCCACAGCUAUCACCGGUCCGCAAGCCGCCUCCGAUGGCCCGGCGCCCCCGGAGGGAUGCUAUGAUGACCAACACUCGUCCUCGGAAGAUUUGGAGCCCUCGCCUUCGGCUAUUUUGCGCUCCAUGGUGCCUCCCACUCAGGAGAUUUGA